CGAGCUGGGUGAUGUGACGCCACACAACAUUAAGCAGCUGAAGCGGUUAAACCAAGUCAUUUUCCCCGUCAGCUACAAUGACAAGUUCUACAAGGAUGUGUUGGAGGUUGGCGAGCUCGCCAAACUGGCCUAUUUCAAUGAUAUUGCAGUGGGUGCAGUGUGCUGUAGAGUAGAUCAUUCUCAGAAUCAGAAAAGACUGUACAUCAUGACGCUUGGAUGUCUGGCCCCUUACCGAAGGUUGGGGAUAGGAACUAAAAUGUUGAAUCAUGUGUUAAACAUCUGUGAAAAAGAUGGCACUUUCGACAAUAUCUAUCUACAUGUCCAGAUUAGCAAUGAAUCUGCUAUUGACUUCUACAGAAAGUUUGGGUUUGAGAUCAUUGAGACGAAGAAGAACUACUACAAGAGGAUAGAACCAGCGGAUGCUCACGUGCUGCAAAAAAACCUCAAAGUCCCUUGUCUCGGCCAGAACACAGAUGUGCAAAAGUCUGACAACUGAACAAAACCCAAGGAACGCUUUCUUGCACUUUCUUGUCACCAAAUAGGGAAAGAGAGGUAUUGCACUAACAACAGAACGGCCCUUGGCUCUGGCAACGGUGGAGGAGCCAAACAUUAAAGAUUACUAAAGAA